AUGGCGAAGACAAAAUUUGGGAGAAGCCCAUCUGUCGGGGACGAAAAUUUCACACAUCGGAGGUCGAGUUCCCGUCUACGGGAUAUCAAUUUAAACAAGCACCCAUCCCUUGUGCAAAAGAAACUGCGGUUCGACAAGAAAGUGGCGAGAUCUGGAAAAAAUAUGAAGUUAUCGGAUUCCGAUUUUGAGGAUGAAAUUCAAGCCAAUGUGAGUGACAGUGAAGAAUGUUCCGUCGACGAAGAAGAAGACGACAAAGUAAUUAAAGAAAAAUCUAAGAAACGCAAAAUUCGUGGUCGUCCUCUACAUAAACCAUGUGUCGAUUCGAGAAAUCCCGUUGAGGAAUUGAACAUAAGUGAAAGCUUUAAGGAAUGGGAAUUACUUAUACCAUAUCCGAGGAAUAUAAAUGCCAAAAUUAUGAGCAGUAACGAUAAUAGCAAGGAUGGGUCGACCAUCAAUGAAAUUAAAAAAAUGCUUACUCCCCAGCAGCUCGAGAUUUUUAGGAGUUCGGCAUUUGGUAAGUUUCUCGAUCUUCCAUUGUGCAAGGUACAAAUCCAGUUGGUCAACCAUAUACUUUUACGAGAGGUCUAUCAGUCUAGGAGCAAUGAAAUUUGGUUUGACUUUGGAGGUAAAUUACUUCGUUUUGGGAUAGACGAGUUUGCCCUCAUAACUGGUCUUAAGUGUAUCGGGUCUUGCAAAAAACUGAACAUCCCAAAAGUCCAGCAAGGCCUCUACGACAAGUAUUUUGCUGAGGUUGGCCUAAGUCGUAACUGCAUAAGGUGGCAGUUUUUAAAAAGGUCAUGGAAAUCCGACGAUGAUGCGGUUAAAUUUGCUAAGUUACAUUUUCUAGGAAAUUUCUUAAUGGGAUCGCAGGAUACACAUCGUGUGGAAAGAUGCUACCUUAAUGUUAUUGAUGGCUCGGAAUUUGAUGAAUACCCUUGGGGAGUUGAUGUUUUUGAGUUUACAAUGCAAUAUCUGAAGAAGUCCAUUCGAAACAGGCAACAGAUGCACAACAAUGUUAAGACAGAUGGUUCAGGUUACCUAUACCGAUGUUAUGGACUUAUACUUGCCCUUCAGAUAUGGUUCUAUGAAAUUUGCAAAACUGCGGAUGGCAUGGUAUGCAAAUCACUCCAAGGUCAACCUAUACCUAGAUUGCUCAGGUGGGAAGUUCGGGACAGCUUUAACCGACUUUUUAUAGAGAGGGCCUUCUCAAAUUUGGAUUCAAGCAAGUUUAAAAAUGUUUCACCUACCCCGGCGGAGAAGCAAGCUUUGUUGUUGGGACCAUUUUUCAACAACAAAAAUGAAUUCAUUAAGAAUGAUUCCCAGUUUUAUGGUAAAUCACAAAACACCAAUGACUCUGAAGUAAUCAAUCGCAUGAAUUCAAUUUCAAGGGAUCUCGAUAACUUGAAGCAACUGUUCUUUGACUUUUCAAAGCGGGUUAUUGCUGAACUUGAACUGUUCAAGGAGACAUUCAUUGUAAGUAUGCUUUAUAUUUGA